UUACUAUUAAAUAUGCAUACUUCCAAUUUUCAUGCUAUAAAAGUAGUCAUGCACAAUUAUACAAUCAUCAAGGAAACUUCUGCCUUCUCUCCUUCCAUCUUCCCUUCGAAGCUACAUUUUGAGCAAGAAUCAAGAAAAUAGCAAUGGGGUGCACCAAUUCUGUUUACAAAAAGAAGAAGAAGAAGAUCGUCCCAGAAAUCUCCAUUUUUGCCCCGAUUUUACGAAUCCCAGUUCACUCUGAUUUGCAGAGAGUUCUCCGAGGAUUCGUCCCCAACGAUCUUGCUGAUAGAAUUGCAGCUAUCAGAAAUCAGAUUGCUUUAGUUGGGGAGGAUACUGGAGGGUCUGCUGUCAGUGAACUAAUAAGGGCAUUGGAGGAAUACUUGCCUCUCCUUCUUGGUCUUACAAAGAAAGAAUGUGGGCUUCAAGAGCUGGUGGAGUUCAGAUGGAGAGAAUUGGGAGAGGAGAGAGAGGAGAUUUGUGGGACGAAUUCGUGGUUCGAAUUGCUGUGUGUUGUGCACAUGAUGGCAAUGCUGACAUUGAUGGAGGCAAAUGAGAAGCUGAUUCCUAAAGAAAGUAGUCUGUCUGAGAGGCUUGUGUCUGCAGAUUGUAUGAGAGAUGCUGUUGAUUUGCUGCUCAAGGCAGCCGGAUAUUUGAACUUCUGUGUUCUUGAUGUUCUCCCGCGGCUGCCACAUGACUUAAAAAGCAAGCUGCCUUCGGAUAUGCAGGACAACGUGCUAGAGGCGAUUUCACAUCAAGCUUUGGCGCAGGGAACUGAGCUUCAGCUUGGACUUGCUGUCCACAGCAAAAAUGCAACUUUGUCUGUGAAGCGGAGACUAGCCUGCGAACAGCUGAGUUUCUACGCUCAGGCCCACUGCUGCAUAUCCGAAAAGAACGAGAGCAACGCAGUGUUGAAGAAGCAACUGUUCUUCCUCAAGUGGAAGCAUCUAGAAGCUAAGGCUGCAGCUUACUACUAUCACAGCCUGAUCCUAGACAAGGGCACGGAGCCGUCCUGCCACCUCAGCGCUGUCUGCUGCAUUCUAGCCGCAGAGGAACUGCUAGUCGAGAGCAAGAAGGCCUGCUUGACCUUCUGCCUUGCAGAACCAAUCACAAGGUGCCCUCCGCCUUGGGGCGCGAUGAAGCACUUGCAGAAGAAAAUACCAGAAACCGCGGCCAAGAAGACUCAGAUGUACACCUACCUUCUAGACCAAGAGAAAGGCCUCAAGAGUUUGCCAGAGCUUCCAGAGUUUCAGCUGUCACUGAAGCCUGAUGAAUAUGAAUUGCCAGAGGCUGAUCCGGUUUGGGGCUGUGGAAAGUUUGAGUUUCCCCAACAAACGCUAAAGAAACACCUCAACCACGACCACAAAGAAACGAAAUCUUCAACACUGUUGGAGGGAAACUGAUUUUAAAACAAUGCAGCUUGUAAGUAAGGUUUCUGUUUUCUAGCUAUGCUGGAAAUUAUGUCUUCUUUUCUUGCUUUAAUCUUUAUGUAACUGUAAUUCUUGAUUCUGCAACAUAUGAAUAUAAUGAUCAACUUAUGUAGGAAAAAUGGCCACAUUU